CGGCUCCCGCGUUGCAUCAUCUCCAGCUCGCGGCUGCUGUGGGAAGGUUGGGCGCGGCGCGAACCACUCAGGCCGGGGCUCCAGCCUGCUCUCUCUCCUUCGCCUCUCCUGGCCCUUUCCCCACCUGCUUCUGCACCCGCGCCGGGAGCUCCCCGCGGGCCAGCUUAACCCGCGAGGUACAGCCGGCGGACGCUCUGCCAGAUCCGUUCAUUGAGAUUCCCAGCUUAUCCUAGAGCCCAGUCCCCCGCCUCCUUCAGCUUGGGGCCGCGGGCAGCGCCAUGGAGAAGAGUAGCGAAACCAACGGUUACCUGGACGGCUCCCAGGCGGGGCCUGCAGCAGGGCCUGGCGCGCAGGGAUCCGCGGCGGGACGCGCGCGGCGCUGCGCGGGCUUCCUACAGCGGCACGCGCUGGUGCUGCUCACGGUGUCGGGAGUGGUGGCGGGCGCCGGACUGGGCGCAGCGCUGCGCGGGCUUGGCCUCACCCGCACGCAAGUCGCCUACCUGUCCUUCCCCGGCGAGAUGCUGCUCCGCAUGCUGCGCAUGAUCAUCCUGCCGCUGGUUGUCUGCAGCCUGGUGUCGGGCGCCGCCUCCCUCGACGCCAGCUCUCUCGGGCGCCUGGGCGGCAUCGCCAUCGCCUACUUCGGCCUCACCACGCUUGGUGCCUCGGCGCUCGCCGUCGCUUUGGCGUUCAUCAUCAAGCCUGGCUCUGGCGCACAGACCCUCCAGUCCAGCGACCUGGGGCUGGAGGAGUCGGGGUCCCCUCCGGUCCCCAAAGAGACAGUGGACUCUUUCCUCGACCUGGCCAGAAACCUGUUUCCCUCAAACCUUGUGGUUGCCGCUUUCCGUACGUAUGCAACUGAUUAUAGAGAGGUGACCCACAAUACCAGCUCUGGAAAUAUAACCCGUGAGAAGAUCCCCAUUGGCACUGAGAUCGAAGGGAUGAACAUUUUAGGAUUGGUCCUCUUUGCACUGGUGUUAGGAGUGGCCCUAAAGAAACUUGGCUCUGAAGGAGAAGAGCUCAUCCGUUUCUUUAAUGCCUUCAACGAGGCGACGAUGGUGCUGGUGUCAUGGAUUAUGUGGUAUGUACCUGUGGGCAUCAUGUUCCUGGUUGGAAGCAAGAUUUUGGAAAUGAAGGACAUUAUCGUGCUGGUGACCAGCCUUGGAAAAUAUAUCUUCACCUCUAUAUUGGGCCAUUUUAUUCAUGGAGGAAUUGUUCUGCCACUUAUUUAUUUUGUUUUCACACGAAAAAACCCAUUCAGGUUCCUCCUGGGCCUCCUCACACCAUUUGCCACAGCGUUUGCCACCUGCUCCAGCUCAGCAACCCUCCCCUCCAUGAUGAAGUGCAUUGAGGAAAACAACGGUGUGGACAAGAGGAUCAGCAGGUUCAUCCUCCCCAUCGGGGCCACUGUGAACAUGGACGGGGCAGCCAUCUUCCAGUGUGUGGCCGCGGUGUUUAUUGCCCAGCUCAACAACAUCGAGCUGAAGGCAGGACAGAUUUUCACGAUUCUAGUGACAGCCACAGCAUCCAGUGUCGGGGCAGCAGGCGUACCAGCUGGAGGGGUCCUCACCAUCGCCAUUAUCCUGGAGGCCAUCGGCCUGCCCACUCAUGACCUUUCUCUGAUCCUGGCUGUGGACUGGAUUGUGGACCGCACCACCACCGUGGUGAACGUGGAAGGGGACGCGCUGGGCGCCGGCAUUCUCCACCACCUCAAUCAGAAGGCCGGGAAGCAAGGCGAGCAGGAGCUGAGCGAAGUGAAGGUGGAGGCCGUCCCCAACUGCAAAUCAGAGGAGGAGACGUCGCCUCUGGUGACGCGCCAGAAUCCCGCCGGCCCCGCAGCCAGCGCCCCCGAGCUGGAAUCCAAGGAGUCGGUUCUGUGAGGGGGCUGGCCCCGGGCGUGCCCGCCGGCGGUGGCGCCCCGCCGUGUGAGGGCGGCCAGGGGGCGCGGGCCCCCUGCUCACCGACUUUUAGGCCCGUGCAUUGCUUUGGCCCGGUCAAGGGUUCGAGGAUUAUGUUUCUGUGCAGGCAUUGGGCUUCCCAGCGGGAACUGGUUACCGGAGACCAGGGCGCUCUGCCAUAUGGCUUGAUCCGUGUACAGGUGCAACUGUGUGUGCUUUGGAAACCCGUCCUGGAGCUGCAGGCUGGGGGCAGAUCGGGCUCCCCGGGACGGGGUAGUUACGGCCUGGAAGAACGCACAGGUGCCCUUCACUGCGCGCAGGCAGCUCUGCCCUGGCGGUCUUUCGGGGCAAACUAGGGGCUUUACAGUCCUCUGUCAUGCAGCCUCGCGAGCCAGAGUGAUUGGAAAAAUUCCCAAAUUCUUACCUGUGGCUGGAAUUCACUGAGCUGGUACCUGAGGUGUUGAGAGAUUUCUAACUUGGAGGUGUGGCUGAUUCUGAGUCACUGGUUGCUGGUGGGCUUGGAGGUUCAGCACAUUGUUCAGUUGGAAAUACUACAGACCCCAUUAGCACUGUGGGGGUCUCUGGUCAGUAGCAUUAAGUAAACAGUUUAAAUGCUGAGGUCAGAGAAAGGAGGGGGAGUGCAGCCAGCAAGGGUAAGGGAAGCACUCUGUCAGGACAGACGGACACACACACAGAUACACGCAGACAUCCUCAAUCUCAUUCCAGCCCCAGGGAAGUUUUCUGCUUCCAGGACCUGGCCUCUAACAACACUGUAGCUUUAUCCCCCAACCAGGCCCAAGAGGGGACUUUUCCUCCAUGAUCUUUAUAUUCAGGACCUGCUGGCUCAUUAAUCCAUUCUUAGAAUUCAGCUAGCCCCCUAAAAUGCUGCACUUUGCAAAACAAAAACAAAAAUGAAAACACAUAAACCCACUUACUAACUGGGGUGGGGUGCCCCAUUGCUGGGUCCCCAGGUCUCCUGGCUUUGGCUAAUUUGCUGUGGGCUGGGUUUCUUUUCCUGCCCGUAGAUCAAAAGUUUAAGACUGGAAACCAAAUGUCCCCAUUCCUGCAGAUACCUGCCGACUUGGUCUGAAUCUAGGCGAGGGGGCUUUAUCCGGAAGACCAGUGUUGCCAGGGACCGGGAGACUGAAAAGCACAAGAAUGUUCGUUCACUGUGGCUGUUGAUGGUUCUCCGUAGUGUGACCUGCUGCGAGUCCUGGGCCUCACUUUACCCCAUUUGUAAAAUGGGGCUGAUGUCAUCUGCCUCUUACCUACCUCAGAGGGAUCUGGUGAGGCAAACUGAGUGAAUCCGUGAAAACAACCCAUUCAUUUCUUGGAUGGCAAGUGCGAACAACCUACGCUCUUCUUAAGUUUUACCCAAGUGAGACCUUUCUUCAAAGAGGCCUUGUGCUCCUGGUCAAGAUAGCUUCUCUGAGCAGAACUUUGGUCUCUGCGUGCAGUCGCAACUCUGCCAUGCAGCUUGUUCUCUUCAUAGGUAUUUGCCAGUAUCGAGUGCAACCUCUUCCUGAUGUUGUUCAGCUCCUCCUGAGUGAACCAUCCCAUCUGCAGCACGUUUCUGGGUCCCUGGCUUCCCCGUGACUCCCAGGUCCCCGGCACGGGCCACCCACCUCACAGCAGGCCGUUACCAGUUCCCGGACGUCCCACCUCGUGCGUUUUCUUGUUUUCCCUGUUGCUGUGACAUGGCUGUCACCCAGGCCCUGCAGAAAAGGAACACGCUGUGGAGAUGUGUUUCUGGUGCUGUUGAGAAUGGGAGGACAGGGACAGAGGCAGUCAAGCCCCUCCUUUUGUGUGCCAGAGUGGAAGGAGUGGGGAAGAGCCCUGGGGCUUAGAGGUGGCCUGGCCAGUGGGAAGGCCCAGCUCCCUCCAAAUCUCUUUAAACUAGCCAACCCGCUCCCAUCCCCUGUGAGGCCAAGAGGGACCAGGAACUGAGCCGAGAGCUGCCUGGAAACCUUGACACUCUGGCUCCUUGCUGAUCCCCCUUCUAUUUUGAAAGGGGAAACAAUCACAUUGUUUGAUCCCAAAUUGCAAGUGAACAUUCUGCCUUUGCCUCUGCUACCUUUGCCUCUGCUGUCUUUCCUUCUCCCACAUAUCUAUGGCUCUAUUUGCACACAAAUGCAUAUAUGUAUGUGUGUCUCCAUGUUGUUUUAGCUCUCAUCCAAGCAAGUUUUGAAUUUGGAUAGAAGUGACCUAACCACAGUGUUGUGGCUUCUGCAAACUGAUUUUCCUAUGUCUAAAAGUAAGUUUCACAAAACGUUAAAAUUAGAGCUGCCCAUCUCAUGAGCACGCCUCCUCUGUCCCAAACCUGGCAAGGCAGUAGGCAGAGUGCUGGGCCCAAGAGGGGCGCUUCUAUAUGAAAUCCCAUACGAUAGCUCCCCUUCCUCUGGGAGGAGGGAGGUGCUGUGUGCCUCCUUGUUUUUCAGACCAGAGGGACCUGGCUGGGGAAAAUCCUACUUUCUCACUGUCUGAAGCUAUCUCCCCCACUCUUCUAACAUGUUGUCUUAAAUACUGUUCA